AAAAAAGUAACAACAAGUUUUAAAUAAAUAAAGAGUGAACAUUAAAAAGAGUGUUUCAGCAGUUUUAAGCAUACAGGAUAUAGUAUUUCAUGAAACGGACACAGGAAGUGCAUAAUACAAAAGCAAGUGAAGACAACACUAAAUAAAUGAUGAGGUUUUGAAACAAGCAAACUGAGAAUAUACUUGUUAAACUUAAAUAUAUGGAAUGACAUGACAGUUUCUACGACCUUUGUAGUGUAUAUUUCAUGUAGGAAAUUAUAGAGAAAACAAAUGGGUUGCUCAUCUAGCAUGAAUGUUCCCCUGUCAUCGGGAGAGAUGCCGACAAAAUACUCAGACGAGAAUGAUAGUAACGAAACUUACGAAAACCAGAACUCAGAGGUAAAUUGUUCUGCGGACAUGCUCGAAAAUUCUCUGCAUAAUGAACAACAUCACUGUGAUGCAUGUAUGAACAGUUCAAAGCCUAGCGAUAACAUUCACAUUAAAAAUACUCGGAUUUUAUUCUUCUCACAUGACUCACGAAAUCAGGAGUCUACGGACGCAUCUAGUGUUGUGCCAAUCUUCAAUACCAACGAACAUGAUAGAACAAUGCAUUCGUGCAACACUUGCCUACCAGUGUGCGGUCACCUGCAUAACGAUAAUGCCCGCAGGGAUUCAAGGUCCAUGAGUUUAACAGGAGGAAUAAAAAGUGUUUUAAAGUCUGGUCGAAAUGACCCGCGAAAUGACAUGCUUGCAAACCGACCAAUCAAAACUGUCACAUUUGUUGAAUCUGUUACUGUUGUGACUGUUUAUUAAAUACAGAUGCAUAAUUUAACCUGAGAUUUUUUUAUUGCGUGAUGGAAAAUAUGGUGUUAUUGGUGCACAGUGCCGAAGUAAACUACAUGACUUGUAUGUGUAAAUGUAACUUUGCUUUGGAAUUGUAAAUUACAAACAAUUAUUUAUUAUACAAGUAUUAUGAUGUUUUUUUUUAAAUAAUGCAUAAUGUUAUAUUUAAAGGAUUCUUUGCAAUACAGUUAUACCUCAUU